AUGGUAUCUUAUCAUGUUUAUGUGCCAUUGCUAUUGAGGCUUGCAAAUGAUGUAGAGGAAAAUCCAGGCCCAAUUAAUAUCCAUGAUAUUGUUGAUCAUAGUUUUACGGUUCGAGCAGAUUUCAACCAAGGUAAUAUAUCCAUGUUUGGAAUAAAUGCUGGAAAACAAUGUGUUGCCAUGUCAAUUUAUGCUAUUGUAUACAAUGAAAUAAAUUCUGUUAAAGUGUCUAUGACACGAAAUUUCACCCCAAAUCUUUAUGCUUGCAUUGUAAAGAUCACUUAAAAUGACAUAAUAAUUUCUUUUAUAGAAUUUUGAUAACUUGCUUCCUUUGCAAGAUAUUCAACUUCGUUUCAUAUGCAAAUAUCACCGGUGUGACAUCACAUCGCGUAAUGACAUUUUGAAAACGCAAUAUUUUACCUUGAUAAAGUAUUUUUACAAACAAAUACAGAGGUUUAAUUACCAGUUAUGAAAUAAAUACAUAUACAAGGGCAAUUUUUAAGUUUUUUAGAUACGUAUUCGUCAAGAAAACUAUGCUUUUCUGAAAACUCAUUAUGUGAUGUGAUGUCACACCGGUGAUAUUUGCAUAUGAAACAAAGUUGAAUAUCUUGAAAAGGGAGCAAGUUACCAAAAUUCUAUAAAAGAAAUUAUUAAGUCAUUUCAAGUAAUCUUUCCAAUGCAAUCACAAACAUUUGGGGUGAAAUUUCGUGUCAUAGGCACUUUAAUAUUUGGGAUAGACCACUUAUGAACAUGCUUCUAGUUAAUGCAAACAAUCUUUACGCCAUAAUUAGUCAGCACGUUCUGAAAGAUUUCUUGUUGCUCACUGAUGUUCCUGAAAUAUUGUCUAUCAACAAUGAUACUUUUAAUUCGGAGUAUAGCGACUCUUUUUCUGGAGCAUUAUGGAUGGAAUAUAACAAUGAACCGUUGUUACACUUGAACAUGCUUUUCAUGAAGUAUUUGACGCUAGUAAUUAUAAAGCAUGUUUACUUACUAUUCAAGCAAACACUGUUGCGGUUUUAAUGCCUUUCCCAGAUGUAUUUAAAGUUUUUGAUUCUCAUUCACGAGAUAUGCAUGGAAUGCCAGCGGCAAUGGGCUAUAGUGUUUUAGUUUCUGUUGAAGGAAUUCAAAAGCGUGUGGGUUUUUUUUCAUCACAGUUGUAACUGUCAUGGACAAGAUAUUCCCUUUGAAUUGAAGGGUGUUAAAUGCCAUAGAAACAUUUCAUUGUCAAAUAGUUUGGGUAACACAUUGAAUGAACGGAUAAACACAACAUCAAAUAACCAUGAGAAAUGCAGUCAGAAAAGACAAAGUGAGACAAUUACAAUCCGAAAAAGCAAUCAACGAACAAAACAACAAGAAAAAGAAAAUAAACUUGCAAAGCAAAGAGAGAAAAGGCAACAAGAGUCUGUUGCAGAGAGGAAAAAUAGACUUGCAAUGCUAAGAGAGAAAAGACAUCAAGAGUCUGUUGCAGAGAGAGAAAAUAGACUUGCAAAUUAA